GGGCGCGCGGCGGGCGGGGGCUGAGGCGCGGCCGCUGAGGGGACCCGUGAGGGGACGGAGAUGCCGCCCUGAGGUCCCGGAGUGGCGGCCGUUCUGCCUCGGUGUGGAGUCUCUCUCCUCGCCCCUUGUUUUCAAAGUAGUUUUACUUGAACAAAAUCCAGGAAAAUUCAGAGCGAACAAAAUGGUGGUCUAGUUAAGGGCAGAAAUACAGCAGGCAAAACAUGAACAUUUCUCAGCAUAACAAGAGCAGGACCAAAUCAGAGACUUGUCCCUCAGUGUUACCUCUGCUUUUGGUAAGCUGCUGGCACUACUGUUCUUGCAAUGUUGAGAUAAGGAGGGUUGUGAUGCCAUGGAGACACUGUGUUCCCAGCCCUCCCUGGUGACUGAAUCCCCUUUCAGCUCUUUAAGAAAAGAAAAUAUGCAUCAUUCUCAGUAUUUUUAGCAUCUUUUUAUUUGUUAAAUUCUUUUCCUGUAACGGUGUGUCUUAUUUCUCGAUAUGAUUUGUAGAAUUUAACUGAACUUGGAGGAUGAAGUCCAGCCUAAUGCAUUUGGUUCCUCCAGUGAGUAGAGAAAGAAUAAUCUCCCAGUUUCCCAAGUGGUACACCCCUGAGGCCUGUCUGCAGUUUAAAGAGCACUUCCACACACAGGUCAGGACUGCUUGUCAGCAGAGCACUGGAACAGCUGGGCUGAAAAUAUCCAAAGUGGUUGUGGUAGGAGACCUGCAUGUUGGGAAAACCAGUCUUAUCAACAGAUUUUGUAAAGAUCAUUUUGACCGAGACUACAAGGCGACCAUUGGAGUAGAUUUUGAGAUUGAACGUUUUGAGAUAAUUGGAAUGCCAUAUAACCUCCAGAUAUGGGACACAGCAGGUCAGGAGAAGUUCAAGUGCAUUGCAUCUGCUUACUACCGAGGAGCAGAGGUUAUAAUAACAGUGUUUGAUCUGGCUGAUAUCCAAACUUUGGAUCACACCAAACAGUGGCUAGAAGAUGCAUUGAGGGAGAAUGAGCCAGAUUCUAGCUUCAUCUUUCUGGUUGGAACAAAAAAAGAUUUGGUGUCAGAUGCUGUGUGUGAAAGGACAGAGCUGGAUGCCAUCCGUUUUGCCAAGGAGAUGCAGGCAGAAUACUGGUCGGUUUCAGCCAAAACAGGAGAAAAUGUCAAAGAAUUCUUUUCCCGAGUUGCUGCCUUGGCCUUUGAACAGUCCAUGAUAAAGGAGCUGGAGAGCACUCCUGGGCGCAGGGCCCAAAUUGGGACAGGAAAUCUCAUCAAGCUAGAGAAGGACAUUAUGGAAAUUCCAGAAGACAAUGCUCAAGUCAGCCUGAGUUGCUGCUAACUGUCAACUGUUUCUGCAAGUGCCACACUUCUCUGCAAGAAUGCUCUCAAACCAGAAAUAGAGAGCUUUAAUUUUAGAAAUGAGGGAGGAAAAACUUACCCAAACUUUCUUGCUGAGAGUUCCCUUGCUGCUGCAAGCUCCCUGUGCAGGGGGGUACAAUUGUUAUGUACACCUUUCUCUGUGUAGCUGAAACAUAGCAUCCUUGUCUUAAUGCAAGAAGACAUUGCCAGUGCCAUGGGCUCACCUGUCUGCCAAAAAGGCUUGUAGUCAAAAAUGAUCUCAUUUUACUGUGCCGUUUUUUGAUAAUUCUCUAGAAAUCUUAGCUAGUAAGGUGGCAUUCUCUCAUGGGAGCAGGAAACAAGUGGCAGUUCAGAAUGAAGGGUGGUAUCAAUACGGUUUUGCCUUUUAAAACCAUCAUGUAAAAUAGCUCUGAUUGCUUUCAUGCAUUCCAAGUAUUUUAAAACUAUUUGAAAAUAAAUCUUUUAAAGUAUCAGGCUUGGAAGUACACAAAUGCAGACUACAUAGUUUCCACUGUGGUUUCUCCAGUCAGGAAAAAUGUUUAUUACUUUUCAUUUUCCACUUGAGAAUCAGAGCCCAGUAUUAAAUAUUUCCAAGCCUAAAAGAAGUCCAGGUAGGAACUUGGUUGUUUUAACACAACUGUCUAAUAUUUUGAAAAAUGUUGCCAGAUAAGAAUGCUAUUCUUUUCCGUUCUCUUGAAUAAGAAAGAACGGUCACACAGGUGCAUAAAAUGGAAAACAUAUUAUUUCCCUCUAAUUUUUCCAAUAGCUCUCUGAACUCUAAUACUCUGUUGUAUCUAGCUUAGAAUUCCAUGUUUCUAGGAUUCACAUCCAACAUGUCAGGCUUGCUGGCAUAAAAAAAUAUAUAAUCCUCUAAAUUUCAUACUGCAAUUAUUUUAAAUGAAGAGAAGGAAAACCUGUGAACAGUUCCAAGGUACUGUUUCUUAGGAUAUUGAUUCAAUCAUUGCAGAAAAAACUGUAUCUUUAAAAAUAAUUAUAACAGGACUUAAAUUUGAGCUGCUGAGAAAUAAAGACAGUUGUUAAUAAUGAAAUGCAUCAAUCUGAAAAUAUUCUGGAUUCUCUGCCAUUUUUCCUGCUUCUAUCAGAAAGGGGAAAAAGUGGAGUAAAGAUAGCUUGAGCAUGCUUUUUAUUACAUUUUCCUUUUGAUGUAAGUUAGGGCAGCUUCCUAGAAUAUGAUGAAUAGAGAUCUAGGAACUCUGUGUCUUUUUUUUAAUCAGACAGUCUUCACUUUGGCAAUUGUGCUGCCUGUUGGCAAGGACACAAAUGUAGCAUUUGGUGGAAAAAAUGAAUCUGUGAGGGUACAAAAGGAGCUCUUUAUCCAAAUGUGUAAUAUUUUGACCUUAUGAUGUUCUAUGCAGUUGUUAAAUUCCAGAGUCUGUUUCACAAGGGAGGUGAAUUUACACUGUGCUCGUAGCACAGGCCUUGGCUGGGUGGCCAUGGCUUUGUGUUUCCUGAGCCUGAGUGAGUGUGGAGAGUGAGUGUGGAGAUGGUUCACUCUGCUGCAGCAGAUCAGGAUAGCUGGGCUUCAGUGCUGACAUGAGACAGUGUUUGCACUGCAAAAUGACUUGGGAAUAAAUCUAAGAAAAAAUCCA